CGUUCCCUUCUUCUCACCCUCGACGCCUUCGGUACCCUCUUCCACCCACGCGCCCCCAUCGCAACCCAAUACGCGGCGUCCGCAACCUCCUUCAACCUCCCCCCAAUCUCCCCAGAACGCCUACAUGUCGCGUUCAAAACAGCAUUCAAAGCCCAAUCAAGUUCCUAUCCAAAUUACGGCCGCGAGCAGGUCCUCCGCGGCGAAUACGCUGGCCCGCGACAAUGGUGGGAGGAGGUGAUCCGGGGUAGUUUUUCACGAGCCCUUUCCGACCUUCCAGCCACAUCGCUGGACAUGAACGCGAACACAAAGACAGAAGAUCAUAAUAAGAAUAAUCCGAAUCCUACCGCUAACACCGGUGCUUGUGGCGUUCAUAUCCCCGACGCACUUAUCCAAGAUCUCCUCGAUCGAUUCGCCAGCGCAAGGGGGUACGCUCUUUACGCCGAUGUGCGGCCCUUUUUCGACAUGGUUCGGUCGUUAAAGCAGCAGCAGCAUAGACGCAUCCUUAUCGGGGUUGUCUCCAACUCUGAUGAUCGGAUCUCUGCUGUGCUGGAGUCCCUGGGUGUAUCUGUGAGUCUACCGGGGUUUGAGGAGGACAGGGAAAGUCAACUCUCUCCCUUGCCGAAGGAAGAAAAUCCAGGGCAUCUGCGUCUGCAUGAUAUCGACUUUGUGGUUACAAGUUACCAGGCUGGAGCAGAGAAACCCGAGAGAUUAAUUUACGAGGUGGCGCAGCGGCAGGCGCAGUGCGAGUCAGGAUCAGAAUGGGAAUGGGUGCAUGUCGGAGAUGAUUACAGGAAGGAUUACCUAGGGGCUUUGGAGGCUGGGGGGGAGGCUUAUUUCCUUCCUAGGGAUAAUACAGCUGGAAAGGCUGCCGGGGACAAUGUGAAGACGAUUACUUCGUUGUUGGAUCUGAUUCCGGAGCUA